AUGUCCAUGAAUUGCGAUAGCUGUUGCUCAACAACUACGGGAGUAGCUCCACAACUUUUUGCAUCAGUCAUUAACUUUUUAGCUGCCACGCAAUGUUUCGUACCAGAACAUACUGCUAACAACUUUGAAGACAACGAAACAUACAAUUUCAUAGUCGUCGGUGGGGGAUCUGCUGGUAGUGUGGUAGCCAGUCGUCUUAGUGAAGUAGAACACUGGAAUGUAUUACUUCUGGAAGCAGGUCCUAAACCACCAAUAGAAUCUGAUGCAAGUAUCAAUUUUCUU